UCACAACAAGGUAGACUACACCCCAAGGUAAAAGAGUAGAAGAGGAAUCUGCAUUGGGCCGAAACUACUCUUUUAAUCCUUAUGAAAGGAUCAACAUUACCUUCUUGGAUACCGAGUCACUUGUCGUAGCACUGUUUUCGAUCCCUCACGCACCAAUCAACAGCGACAGACAACAAGUUCGCGUUCCUUCCACAAAAAAGGAUUUGCUCCGAUCUUUCCUUUUCAAUAGUGUCACUCCCAUCGUUGAACCGGCAACGCAGAGCAUUUAAUCGUCAUCAUGGCGGGCCUGAAAUCACAACUGUCAUCCUUAAUGCCCAUAUCCGAAGCAUGUGAUAUUCUGGGAGAAGAUCGUGUGAAGAGGAUCGUAUCUGGCAUUUUUAUGUUCCAAACAAACCAACAGUCUCCCAACCGGUCCUACACGAAGGAACAACUUCGAAAUUUGGAAGAAGCAUUUGCCGAGAAGGCCGAUGUCUUAGUCCAAGCUAUGAUGUUCGUUCCUGGGAAGGUCUUAGCGAAAAAGAGCGGUGGUGUGCAACAGGCCAUGAUGCUAAUGAAAGCUAUGGACAUGUCGUCUUCGGCACUCUCUAGUACCGACGGGGCAGAUCAGAUCCCAGCCCCUAUUCGCAACUCAUGGAAAUCUUUGUUGACAACUCGUUCCUUAAUGCUUGAUAAGGCUACUAUUAUCAGAUUUUUGGUACCUUCUUGUGCUCAGCCUCACACAGGACCGGGGGGUCAUAUGGGUCUCUUUGAUUGUUUGGUCUACGCUGUGCAAAUUAAGCCGUCUUUGACAACAACAUCUACGACAUCGGCAUCGACCCCACUGGUCACUAUACCUGAUAUAAUCAUAUUUUUUGCGGUUUGUCAGAAAUAUUGGGAUUUGCAGGGUCAAAGUGACCCUGAUGUCAUCCCAAGCUUUUCGGGUGACGAUCCAGCCAUUAAAAACAUGUCUCAGUUGAUGUUUUUAGUCUACGAUGGCUACCGAAAAAAUUCUGUGAUUGGUCGUGAUACCAUUCAUCGAUUCAUGUCCGACGUAUAUGGAGAUGAAUCCUUUAAGACCUCUGCAGCAAAGGACGUCUUGGGCAAGAUGUUCACGAAUCCAAACAGCCCUCUGACGGGGAGGGAAUUCCGAGCCGGAAUAUCCCAAACAAUGUCUUACACCCCAACGCCGUCGCAUUUUUUACUCGAUUGGAUGGCCACCUUAGCGCAAGCAAUAAUGCCCCCCCAUUUGAGUAAAAGUUCAAACGACAAUGACGACGACACAGAAGGUGCCGACAUUGGCAGAAACUUACCGGAUUCUGCUGCCGUCCUAUUGCAAAAGAUGGACAAACAACGACGGUGGCUACCUGAAAUAUGCGAGAAAUAUUUCUUGGCUGAGUUCAGGCUCUACGAGAUCAAACGACGAUUUCAUUCUCUUGUGGAGUCCAAUACGAAUAUAAUCAGGGGUGAUCCGAUGCGCGCAGCUGUCAAUCAAGACGGUGGAAACAGCAAUGGAACUGCGGACGGCAGGGAUAGAGGAAAUGUCAGACGUAAGAGUGGUGUAAACUCGAAUGCACCAAAGCACGUCAUACCAGCUCAUUCUUUUUUAAGGAAAGUCUGUCAUCCCAGUGAAGAGAUGGGUCACGGUGGGUUUUUACCAAAAGAAAUUGCCGAACGAAUCUUCGAAUCCGUUGCAAGAUCACUCUCGUCUCUUGGUGAAUCUGACGGCGUGGGUGACGAAUCAAAAGAAGACCCUGAAAUGGGUACAUGCUAUUGGGACUUGUGUCAUGUGUUGCAGUUUGGUGGAAUGGCUCUGCGAUCGAAAGACAAGGAUGAAUCACUGGUCAAAUGGAUAAUGCAGCUAUUUGGCAACCGAGGACAAAAUACUUUGAAUCGAAUGGAACUGGGAGAUUUGAUGGUUUGUUUAUGCAAGCACGCAGACUUUCGGAAACGAGUGGACCGACCAAAGAUGGACAUUGCCGACGACAGCGACAACGAAGAAGAAGAGAAUACCGAUGGUCCCAUCGAGAUGAUGGUGAAUACACUUUCGGCAUUGGACCUGGCAUUGGUACCACAAUCAUUUGCUAGAACCAAAUCCGAGUACUCUUCGAAGGUCCCCGUGAACGAAUUAGUGGAUCACUUCUUAGAAACAGUAGAAGCCAAGGAGGAUAUUGUCACCGAAGAACAAUUCUUAAGAUGGUACAAUGAGACCGAGCAAUACUCGCGACAAAGACUUGGGCCUUUGAUCGUUGACAUUCGUUUGAUCGCAGGUGUGAUCUUUGGAGUCCCCCCAAAGCUAGCUAGUCUAGAAUAUUUACUGGUAAAGGACAUCCAAGAACGCCAUCGAAAGAGAUACCCGCCGACUGAUGUAAGCCGACGAGGACCUAGAGGAACUAUUUGGUAUCUCUUGGAUGCUACAUGGUAUAAAGCUUGGUCCGAACUUAUAAAUGUUGUUCGCAAUACUCAGGAAGACUGCGAAGACCUUCGCGAUAUGUCCAGCACUUCUUCCAGUCCCCGAAGGCUUGGGCAAAUCAAUAACACAAAGUUGCUGAGGGAAAAUGGAAGCUUGGCUCUACGAACGAGUAUCAAGUGGCAACAUGAUUACGAGAUCCUUCCACCUCUAGGUUGGUCCGCUUUGCAAGCAUGGUACGACGGAGGCCCACCAGUCAGUAGGACGGUCGUACCAUACAAUAGUGGGACGUCUAGUUCUGGUAUCCCCAAUAGCCGUGGAAGGCAAUCUUCUUUACGUACGGACAACGAAAUUGAACUAUAUCCAUUAUUCGUCACGAUGUUCUUAUGCGACUCUAGUUCACGUGGCGAAGCUCGUCCCUUUCAACAGGGUGUCCCUGUGAGUCGAGUAACCCCGAUACGAAUGUUACUGAUCCAGCUUUGCAAAGAGAUGGACGCCGAUCCAAACAUGUGCCGUCUGUGGGUGAUGGAGCCAUCGGGUGAUCCAGAUCAGAAUGAAAAUAAUGAUUGGUUGCUAAAUGUUGAUUUAAAUAUUGAUGAGCAGCGAAAGAACCGAGUGGGUGUCAAUCAGAAUGGUACUUCGAACAUCACACUUCUGCUCGAAUUGAAAAAUGAAGAGACAGAUAAAUGGCCUCGCGGGAUCGAUGGGAAAAAUUGGAUGUUUAGGAAGGGGGAUUCUAAUACGAUGGAAACAGGUGAUGGUAUCGUUGGUUUGUACAACAUGGGAAACACUUGCUACUUGAAUUCAUCCAUUCAAUGUCUUAGUCAUACACCUAUAUUUCGAGAUUACUUCACAUCCAAGUGCUACCUAAACGAUAUAAACACUACAAAUCCGCUUGGUCAUGAAGGUCAACUGGCUCAAGUGAGUGCAGUGCUCAUCAACAGUAUUUGGAAGAGAUUUAACCAACAGCAACCGGUACAUCAACCAAAACGCAUCAUAGCUCCAGGAUCAUACUUCCCAGUGAAUGCACCAGCUUUGACGCCAAAAACUUUAAAAGAAUCGCUUGGGAAAUUUAACGAGCAUUUUGCCGGAAACGAGCAACACGAUGCGCAGGAAUUGCUAGCUUUCCUACUAGGUGGUCUCUCAGAGGAUUUGAAUAGGAUUCAAGUUAAGCCUUACAUUGAAGCACCUGAUUCCGAUGGACGCCCUGAUAGCGAGCUAGCAGAUAUUUGGUGGGCGAAUCAUUUAAAACGAGAAAUGUCGAUCGUUGUGGCGAUGUUCACCGGGCAGUAUAAGAGUCUUUUGAAAUGCAAGACCUGCAAGUACGAAAGUGCUAGAUUCGAACCAUUUUCCUUCCUACAGCUACCACUACCUGAAGAUGAUACAAUCCCAGUUUCUMUAAUUUAUUACUCAAGCGAACCAAGUGUUGGGAUUACAAAAUAUUCCGUUCGUGUUCAUAACAAUGGUACCCUUUAUGAUGUGCUGAUUAGCCUGGCGAAGGUGAUUCAUUCUGACAAGCAAGCUAGUGAUAGCAACAUAUCAGAUGAUUCAGGAAAAUUCUCUCAUAUUGAAAAAAGUGAAGCUGAAGAAGAAAUUGCCAAACAAAAGAGCGCGUAUGCAAAAAUUGCUCAGAACAUGGCCAUCGUCGACAUGAGGGAAGGUUACAUCUUCAAGAUAGCACCGAACGUUUGGCGAUUGCCAGACUUGCAAAACAAAGAUACUGGUGAAUUGCCAAUGCUGCAUGUUUACGGAUUAGAGCCGCUGCCUGAAACGUCAGAUAUCGAUUGUCAAGAAGAAGAUGAAGAGGAAAUCAAGGAAAAGACUCACGAAGAGGACAGUAAAAGUAGUGAGGAUACCGCAGAAAAUUGCGCUUUCUUAGCAUUUGCUCAGAGGAGAUCAGAAUUACUUUCAAAGGAACUUAUUCAUCCUUUGACUCAUCAAGUUUUUGGAAUACCUCUUUUAUUACGAGUGGCCGACCUCGAUUGUAAGACGGGAAGUGAGGUUUAUGACCUUGUAGCAAAACAUCUUAAACCUUUGGUUCCUUCCGGUGCACUCAAGUUUUUGACAAACCCAGAACCUAUUUUACCUGACUGCGAAGUCGAGUCGAGUUCCACAGGGGCAGAGGACGAAAAGUCAAAAGACGAAAUUCGUGAAAAUCUGGAAAAAGCGACCUCAGAUACUGAAGAAGUUUCGGCUGGAAUGUUGCCACGCUAUGGUUUCCGUUUGCGCCUGGCAUCAAGAGAAGGACGCCGAUGUUCUAUAUGCCCGUGGUACGAGUGCUGCAUUGGUUGCUUGGUACCGGAUGAUAGUAAACCAACCGUCGUUGCGAAUGGCGACAGCAUUGUGAUCGACUGGCAUUUCGCUGUUGAUGUUGCCACAGCGGGAUUUGGGAUACGUGCCAACCAAGCCGAUCCUUCUUUCUCUAGAAAACCUGACAACCUAGCGGGGGUUGUUAUCAAAGAUCACAUUUCGUGUGGUGUUGGUUUAAAAAAGGGCCAAGGCGACGUCAUUACGCUGGAAGAUUGUUUGGAUGCAUUUGCCGAGGAAGAAAAGAUUCCGGAAGCUUAUUGCUCAAAGUGCAAGGAUUUCAAAAUCCAGACGAAAAGGAUGAGUCUCUGGAGACUUCCACCCGUGGUCAUUAUUCAAUUAAAGCGCUUUCAAUUUACGCAGCACAUGAGACGAAAACUUCGUGAUUUCGUGCAAUUUCCUGUGGAAGGCCUGGACCUUUCUAGGAUUAUGGCUACUGAUGGCGCCACAGGAUCACCAGAGAAAAAGAAAACGAGCAAUCAAAGUUCGAAAAGUGAAAAGGCUCACAGCCAAGAAGAGAAAAAAGCUUUUGCUUCCGACGAAACAACCGAGGAGAUUUCGUCCCACAUUAAUGAUGACAAUGGUCGUGGCGAGAAACUUUACGAUCUUUAUGGAGUAGUGCACCACCAAGGUGCACUUUCGGGAGGUCACUACGUUGCUUCUUUGAAAUCAGAUCUUGACGGCCAGUGGCGACUCUUUAACGAUGCUCAGGUUUACGAAAUUCACAGCAGGGACGUUGUCGACUCGUCUGCAUACAUUUUGUUUUACAUCAGAAGAGAUGUGGCCAGUCAGAAACUUUCUGACUUUUGGGAUGUGCGUAAGCGAGUGGGCGAAGGGCUAACAGAGGAAGAAAUGGACGAAUUGAUGAAGGGAGGAUCAGACAGAUGUGUCAUUAGUUAGUUUAUCUAUUUUAAGCUCGUUUUUACGUUUGGUUCACUCUAAUCUGG